CAUGAACUAAGUACAAGGAAGGAGGUGUUUCAUGGUUUCUUAUUAUAAAUUUAUAUUGAAAACAGCAGAAUGUUGAUCAAAGAAUUCCGUGUAAUUUUGCCUUUGACUGUUGAAGAGUAUCAAGUCGGACAGCUGUAUUCUGUGGCACAGGCCAGUAAAAAUGAAACGGGGGGAGGAGAAGGGAUAGAAGUCUUGAGAAAUGAACCCUUUGAAAAUUACCCCCUUUUAGGGGGGAAGUACAGUUCUGGUCAGUACACUUACAAGAUCUAUCACCUGGCUAGUAUCUUUUCUUCCAUUUGCUCCUUGAUGAAUGAAAACAACUAUGCAGUGAUAACAAAUCCAGAUUACAUGAGAAACAACUUCUACCUUUGUAUAGAAACAAUGCAUGCACCUGACUGUGGAGAACAGGAAAAUGUACACAACCUUCCCCCCGAGAAGUUAAAACAGCGUGAUGUUGUAUUUAUUGAUAUAGCAAAUGACCAUGUAGAAUCUAAGGAUUAUAAAGAACUAGAAGACCCAAGGAAAUUUAAAUCUAAAAAAACGGGCAGAGGACCAUUAGUUGGUAACUGGCAGAAAACAUCUAAUCCUGUGAUGUGUGCAUACAAGCUGGUUACUAUAGAAUUCAAGUGGUUUGGUCUACAGAACAGGGUGGAAUCACUUAUUCAAAAGACUGAGCGGCGAAUUUUUCUGAAUUUCCAUCGACAAGUUUUUUGUUGGAUAGACAGUUGGUAUGGACUAACAAUGGAAGAUAUUAGAACUCUUGAAGAUAAAACAAAGAAGGAGCUUGAAGAGCAAAUUAACCAAGGACCAGUUCGAGGAACACAAGAAUAACCCCGCCACUGCUCAAGUAGGAUAAAAACUUUUCAUGCAGUAAUCUUAUUGUUAGAAGAACUCGAGUAGUUUUAAUGCAGUAUCACUUAAACUAUUGUGAUGUUACUUCUGAACAAGUCAGUCUUAAUGUCUGACAACUUAUUUUUCAUAAUGUGGUCAUCCACAUUGACAGGGCUUUAUCAUGUGUAUUGAAGUUCUGCCAACAUUCCUUGGGCCUCAUGAAGUUAAUGCCAAAUCAUUCUUUAAAUUAUGAUGUAUAUAAAGGUACAUCUAUAUAAUUACUCACAUAAAUUUUAGAUGAAUGAAUUUCAUGUUAGGUAAGUAAUUUAUGAUUGUCAUUAGGUUUGUUUGUUGUUGUUUGUUUUUUGGGAGGGUAUUCAACAAAUCAUCUUUUAUUUAGCUUCCCUAGUAAAUUUUUUUCGCUAUUAGUGUAUGUAGUUUUGGUAAUGUUCCAAUACUUGUAGGUAAGCUUUAUGAGUGAUGGUAAAUAUUAUAUAAAGUGUUUGUUUUACGACUGAUUUCAUUCUCAGGUUAUCAUAGCCAGGAUUAAAAGAAAAGAAGCUAAAAUAAUUUAUAAUUAGGCUUGAUUAAACACAAGCAGUAAUAGGAAUCACCAAAUUUCUUUGCCAGAGCUGUAAGGAAACAAAAUCAGAAGUAAGUUAAAUCUGACAAAUAGUAACUAAAUCAGGAGUGUGUUAAGCACAAUUACAAGUAAGUUAAAUCUGAAAAAUAGUUCAGCAAGCACUACAGUGUUUUACAAGUGAAAUAAUGCAGUUGGUGUGUAGAUAAAACUUACACAUGAAAUCCUCAACUGCUCAAUAAGAGUUACUUACUAAAUGUGAAUUCCUUACUUCAUAAAAAAAUAACGUUGAUAAUGUUUUUCCUAUCAUGGAGUUCCUCUAUUACUAUUUCUGUUAAUAGCUAUGAUUACAACUGUUUUAAUCACUUAACUAUUUAAUAAACACAUGCAACAAAUUUAACUAAAAUGAAGUUUUGCUACAAACAGUUUUAACAAGGGUAUUUCUUACUGUGUCAGACUAGUCAUCUGUACUUAAUUAUGUACACUAAACUUGUACAUAGUUCAGAAGUUAUUGAUGUUAGACACAAGGCAACAUUCCUUAUUCUAUAAGGAUAUGUGGGUACACUGAAGCUAUGCACAGUCAGUAAUAACAGGAUCAAGAUAAAGCAUUAUGUUUGUAGAAUCUGAAAGUUUAGAAAAUGUUUUUUAAAGAAAAUCUUGUAAAGAACUACAAGUAAUUUUUGUACUAUGUCAAUGAGACAAUUUAGAACAGAAAUGUUUUGUUUUGUUAAAAAAAAUAUUGGUAAAAGAAAAAGAAACUGCUGUAAAACUUCCUAAGAUAAAACACAUUAAUAACUGAUUUCUCAAGUAACUAUAAUUUUCCCAUGGUGUAGUUUUUUUGCUAUAAUACCUGGAUUUUGAUUACAAACCAUUAAUGUUGAAAAUUAUGGUUUUAACAACAUUAUUCAGUUGAACCUUUUUCGGGGGAACUACUGCAGUGACUUACAUUGAUAACUUGUGUUAAGCUGUUUAUUAUUAUAACAAAUUACAACCUAAUUUUCUCCCACAUUUUCCUAUAUCUUUCUGUAUUGAUUCUUCAAAGUAUGUGCUUGUGGUUUUCCUAGUGUUCAUGUGAGAUGUUAAUAUAUAUUUGUAACAUCUGUGUAUACUUAUCCAAAAAUCAAGGUAUCUUGGCAGAAGAAUAUGAGCUGUUUGUGUUUAAUAUUAUGCUAUAUAUUUCAAAAAAUGAUGAAUAGUAAAAAUGUGACUUAAAGAAAUUGGCUAUGUUAUAGUGGAAAUCUUAAGGGAACAAUUGUUAUUUUAAUGCAUAUGUUGGUCUGUUAGUAAUUUUGACUUAUGUGUAUUUAGAGGAGUGAUAAUUUUUAAAUUGACAAGAUUUUUAUUGUUAGAAGACUAAAUGAUGAUAUUUUCCUGUCAGGAAAUUUAAUUUAUGGGUAAAACGUAAUAUGUAAUUAAAUAUCGUGUUUAUUAUGUAUUAUGGCUAAGAUUCUGCUUGUGUAAUAAAAAUAUUUUUUAAUAGUUAACUUUGAUUAAACUA